CAGCGGGCGCAGGGUGAUGACGAUUCAAUGUUAUGCUAAACACGACGGGCUAAACACAACCUGAAAUUAUCUUCGUUUCCUUAAUUUCUUCUCACUCUAAAAAUGGCUAAGACGAAUAAGGGUCCGAAAGCAAACGUAUCGUGGGUGAAACCAGCAGAACCGUCAUUUUUAAAGAAAUUCAAGAACGAUGUUGGCUUUAAGGAAGGACCCACCAUUGAUACCAAGCGUUUAGAGAUGCCAGCCUUGGACGAUGACAGUGGCAGUGAUCGUGAAGAUGAGCUGCCUCAAGUUGUCAUUCUUAAAAAGGGAGAUUUGAGCGCUGAAGAAGUGUUGCAGAUAAAAGAGGUAAAGGAUGGUGCAGACAAAGAAGACAAGCCUCCUGCGGACGGAAAGAUCCUGUUCAAGAAGCCCACGAAGCGCUCCUCCGACAAGUUCCAGGGCAUCACCGCCAGCUCCAACAACAACAACAAGAAGAAGAAGAGUGAAGGAGGAAAGAGUGAAGGAGGAGAUGAAGAGAAAAAGGAGGAGAAGUCUGAAAAGGUGAAGAACAAGAGUCUUCUCUCUUUCGGAGAGGAUGAGGAUGAGGACUAGAAGUUAAUUCAGACUAGAGCAAUCAACCGCUCAUCAGACUAGAGCAAUCAACCGCUCAUCAGACUAGAGCAAUCAACCGCUCAUCAGACUAGAGCAAUCAACCGCUCAUCAGACUAGAGCAAUCAACCGCCCAUCAGACUAGAGCAAUCAACCGCCCAUCAGACUAGAGCAAUCAACCGCUCAUCAGACUAGAGCAAUCAACCGCCCAUCAGACUAGAGCAAUCAACCGCCCAUCAGACUAGAGCAAUCAACCGCCCAUCAGACUAGAGCAAUCAACCGCUCAUCAGACUAGAGCAAUCAACCGCUCAUCAGACUAGAGCAAUCAACCGCUCAUCAGACUAGAGCAAUCAACCGCUCAUCAGACUAGAGCAAUCAACCGCUCAUCAGACUAGAGCAAUCAACCGCUCAUCAGACUAGAGCAAUCAACCGCUCAUCAGACUAGAGCAAUCAACCGCUCAUCAGACUAGAACAAUCAACCGCUCAUGGAUGAUGGAACUGAUCCACUGCGGUUGUUGGUUUUUACUAUGGGCAAAAAGACCCAACAUAGAAUAGCGCCACAUCGUAGUUUGUCCCACUAGACUAAGAUCCUUAGACAUUACGGGUCAUCCCCUCCUUUUUUGGAGGUGGAAUCUGGACAUGUAUGUGAAACAAACCCCCUUCAAUCACAUUCAUGAUCCAAGAUCUUUAGAUGACAUGAGAUGCAUGCUGUUAUUCUUUGUCGACUGUAAGACAUGUCUCUGCUGUUGGAAAUGUUGUAUCGUGACUCGCCGUCGGCCUAUUAUCCAUCCGUUACAACUGUAGUCAUCCGUCCUUCAGUGGAUCCUCUGCACUUUUUCAUAUAGCCAACACACAGUCUGGAUCGAAGGUUUUAUCAAGGUAACCCGUGUGACAACCGCUACUAAAGGGGGAAGAAAUGAGCUGGUGACUUUUGGUUAAAAAAAAAUAUAUAGUCUGGAGCGUUGUGAUGUGAUAGUUUUCUACUUCUAUAGUCAAUAAUUUCAUUGGAUGUACAAAUAUGUUUUAGCUCCGACAACGGAGCAUCAAAAGAUGUCUUUAGUUAAAACACUGCGUUGUUAUGCCGAGGUGUUGGAUCUUUCUGUGAUUGUAUUGUGUUUUUUGUUAUGAUGGUGUUUCGUUGAAUAAGUUUGAAAUGUAACUAUUAAAAUACAUUAAGGCCUUA